UCUGAUCCACGUGACAUACAAAAUGGCAGACCAACCACCACCGGUUAGAUUUUUGACAGACACUAAGAUAGAUCAAGAAAGAUAUUCCAAGAUAAAAGAGAAGUUUGUGAAAAAAUACAACUGUGAGCCUCAGUUUUAUGCAAGGGCACCUGGGCGUGUCAAUUUGAUUGGUGAACACAUUGAUUACUGUGGGUAUGGAGUUUUACCGAUGGCCAUUGAGCAAGAUGUUGUUAUUGCUGUAUGUGCAACAAGUGACAGUAAACUUUCCCUAUCAAACACACAUGAAAAGUACUGUGAUUUUGAAUGCAGUGUUGGAGAGUUUGAGAUUGACAAAUCUCAGCCAGACUGGCAUAACUACGUGUUGUGUGGAGUGAAGGGUAUGACAGAGUUUCUAACAUUGACUAACCCAGUGGGAAUGCAGUGUGUGGUAGAUGGUUGUGUACCAAGCAGUGCUGGUCUGUCCAGUUCUAGUGCUCUUGUCUGCUGUGCUGCCCUAGCAACAAUGCAGGCCAAUAACCAGUCGAGGUCAAAGAGGGAAGUAGCAGACAUGUGUGCAAGUUGUGAGAGGUAUAUAGGGACACAGGGAGGUGGUAUGGACCAGGCAAUAUCAUUCAUGGCCAGGCCAGGAACUGCAAAAAAGAUAGAUUUCAACCCGCUGAGAGAGGAAGAUGUUUGUCUACCAGAGGGAGUAGCAUUUGUUAUUUCUAACAGCUGUGUGGAAAAGAAUAAGGCUGCAACUUCAGACUUUAAUACAAGGGUGGUGGAGUGUCGACUUGCAAUGCAGGUGAUUGCCAAAAGUGAAGGUUUAACUUGGCGUGAGUGCAAGAAUUUAGCAGACCUACAGAACAAGCUGAAACUAAGGUUACAAGACAUGGACGAUCUUGUUCAAAAACAUUUACACAAAGAGAAAUAUACCAAAAAAGAAGUAUGUGAAAUAUUGGGUGUGUCUGCAGAGGAACUUGCUGAAACUAGUCUCAGUGCAAAUACUUUACACGUUGAAAGUUUCUGCCUGUACCAGCGUGCCAGACAUGUUUACAGUGAGGCUCUGAGAGUGGAGGAAUUUCAGCAGGUCUGUAAGGACGUUCCCUCAGAUGCUGCAAUCAAGCUCGGAAAGUUGAUGAAUCAAAGUCACGAGAGCUGUAGUAAAUGGUACGAGUGCAGCUGUACUCAACUGGACGAUCUAGUCAAUCUUUGCAUACAAUCUGGUGCAAUUGGUUCCCGGCUGACUGGUGCUGGAUGGGGAGGUUGUGCUGUAUCCAUGGUUCCCAGCCCACAGCUUACACAGUUCUUAGAGAAAGUGAAAGAUGGAUAUUAUAUGGCUAGAAAACUUGAAUCUGUUGUUAUUGAAGCUUUGUUUGCAACCCAGCCAGGUGAUGGGGCAGCUAUAUACUUGCCUUCUUAACUGCUCCAGACUUUACACAGCCGGACACCAGGGUUGCAAUAUAAGUGCCAUCCUGACUGGUCAGGACUUAAGACCUCUCAUGGAUAUGUAAUAUGACUGGGACUGAAUUAACGUUAUAUUAUAAACUAUGUGUUCAGCCAUCAGUUGACCUGAUAGACUUUAUAUAAAAAAAUAUAUAUAUAUCAUAGAUUUUUUAAGUCAGUUUACAUAUACAUAACAUUAAACAUGUAUAAAAGAUAUUAGAUAUCUUUGAGGAAAAAUGAAGUAUGUAAUCAAUGGUCUAUAGGUAUAUGCCUCUAUAUCAGUAUUCCAAGGCUGGCCAUCCACUACAGGCUGAAAAUAUUGCUCUUGGAGCUGUUGUGCUUUUUUGACAGUGUCAGUUUGGUUUAGAAGUCAGUAUACAUAUCAUUACAUUUUUAGCUUAUGACAAGACGUUUCAGUGUACACAGUGUAGUAUAUGUAAAAAAGUGCCUAUUUUAGUCAACAUUUGAUUGGACACAACUGCUUAAAUGUCCACAGUAGUAGUACUUUUGGACAAUAGGAUAUAGCCAUGGAGCAGUCGGAGUUAACAAACUAUUGUGACGUAAACUUUUAAAGAAACUUGACUCUCUGGUUAAAUUUAAGGUAAAGAUAGUUGAACUUCAGGUUAAUGUUAACAGUAGACACUUGCCAAGAUUCAUACAUUCCAUUUCUUAAAUGUUUGAUUUGUUUAUUGCCAGGAUGUUAGAAGGGUAAGCAAUGUAAACUUCAAAGAAACACAUUCCUUCUUGUUUUAUGAAUUUCUAUUGAAAUACUAGUUCUUCUUCAUUGACUUACAGUGCAACCUCUGCAGAGCAACACCCUUUGGGGGAUGCAGAUAUUGGCCUCUGUUGAGAGGUUGUUGCUCUAUAGAGGUUAAAUUGAUAGUAAAUUUCAACUAUGGGAAAUUUUGAUGAUGCUGUUGGGGAGAGGUUUUUGCUAUAGAGAGGACCGCUCUAGAGAGGUUGCACUGUAUUAUGUAAACAAACAUUUGCUAAUUUUCUUGAGUAACAAGAAUAAUAUCAAACAGAAUAAUACCAUAUGUCUGAACAUGCAUUUGCAAUCUUACUGUAAUGCUGUAUUCUUUCUAUAUCAUACUAGCAUGUAAGCCUAUAUAUUUUAAAAUGGUAUUGUCUUUCAUAUUGUAUAACAGUUGAACUGUGUUGUAUUUUAUCAAAUUAAAAAAUAAGUACAUUGUAUUUCAUUAAAUUUUGUAGGCAUAAAUCAAAUGUAUGUGAAAUGUAUGUUGUUUAUCUUUGGGUAUACAUCACCUUAAGUUAGGAUUUAUGGCAACAUGGUCUUGCUUUUCACUGAAAGGUCUCUAUUAGAAAUGCAUGUUUUUUUACUUUAAAUUUAUUAAGUUAGUAAUUUUCGCUCUUUAUCAUGAAAGUUUUUUUAAAGUCAGUGAAUUAUGUCUCCCCCAGGAGACAUAUUGUUUUUGCCCUGUCCGUCCGUCCGUCCGUCUGUCCGUCCGUCCUUCCGUCUGUCCGUCCGUCUGUCCGUACGUCACACUUCAUUUCCGAGCAAUAACUGAAGAACCAUUUGACCUAGAACCUUCAAACUUCAUAGGGUUGUAGGGCUGCUGUAGUAGACGACCCCUAUUGAUUUUGGGGUCACUCCGUCAAAGGUCAAGGUCACAGGGGCCUGAACAUUGAAAACCAUUUCCGAUCAAUAACUAGAGAACCACUUGACCCAGAGUGUUGAAACUUCAUAGGAUGAUUGGCCAUGAAGAGUAGAUGACCCCUAUUGAUUUUGGGGUCACUCCGUCAAAGGUCAAGGUCACAGGGGCCUGAACAUUGAAAACCAUUUCUGAUCAAUAACUAGAGAACCACUUGACCCAGAAUGUUGAAACUUCAUAGGAUGAUUGGUCAUGAAGAGUAGAUGACCCCUAUUGAUUUUGGGGUCACUCCAUCAAAGGUCAAGGUCACAGGGGCCUGAACAUUGAAAACCAUUUCCGAUCAAUAACUAGAGAACCACUUGACCCAGAAUGUUGAAACUUCAUAGGAUGAUUGAUAAUGAAGAGUAGAUGACCCCUAUUGAUUUUGGGGUCACUCCAUCAAAGGUCAAGGUCACAGGGGCCUGAACAGGGAAAAUCAUUUCCGAUCAAUAACUAGAGAACCACUUGACCCAGAAUGUUGAAACUUCAUAGGAUGAUUGUACAUGCAAAGUAGAUGACCCCUAUUGAUUUUGGGGUCACUCCAUUAAAGGUCAAGGUCACAGGGGCCUGAACAUUGAAAACCAUUUCCGGUCAGUAACUUGAGAACCACUUGACCCAGAAUGUUGAAACUUAAUAGGAUGAUUGCUCAUGCAGAGUAGAUGACCCCUAACAAUUUUGGGGUCACUGUAAAAGGUCAAGGUCACAGGGGCCUGAACAUUGAAAACCAUUUCCAGUCAGUAACUUGAGAACCACUUGACCCAGAAUGAUGAAACUUCAUAGGAUGAUUGGUCAUGCAGAGUAGAUGACCCCUAACGAUUUUAGGGUGACUCUGUUAAAGGUCAAGGCCACAGGGGCCUGAACAUGGAAAACCAUGUCCAGUCAAUAACUUGAGAACCUCUUGACCCAGAAUGUUGAAACUUCAUAGGAUGAUUGUUCAUGCAGAGUAAAUGACCCCUAAUGUUUUUGGGGUCACUCCGUUAAAGGUCAAGGUCACAGAGGCCUGAACAUUGAUAACCAGUUCAUAUCAAUAACUUGAGAACCACUUGACUCAGAAUGUUGAAACUUCAUAGGAUGAUUGAACAUGCAGAGUAGAUGACCCCUAUUGCUUUUGGGGUCAGUCUAUUAAAGGUCAAGGUCACAGUGGCCUGUUCAUGUAAAAUCAUUUUUUGGAAAUGACUUGAGAACCACUUGACCUACAAUGUUGAAACUUAAUAGGAUGAUUGGACAUGCAGAGUAGAUGACCCCUUCUUUUUUUGAGGUCACUUGAUCAAAGGUCAAGGUCACAGGAGCCUGAACAGUGACUUGAGAACCACUAGGCCAAGAGUGUUGAAAUUUAGCGGGAUGACUGGACAUGCCAAGUAGAUGAUCCCUAUUGCAGCCAACCAUCAGUGUCUCUUUGACUUUCGCUCCUGACCCCUAUUAACUUCUUGCCUAUAGGACUUUGCAUUGGGGGAGACAUGCGCUUUUUUACAAAAGCAUUUUCUAGUUUCUUCUGUUUUUCAGAAUAAGUUCUGUUUUGACAGAUCUAGGCAGUUUGUGUUUUUUCAACAAUCUGAACCAAAAGGAAAGUUUUGAAACUAUAUAUUUUCAGAAUUAUCUCUUGCUUGUGCAACAGAGAUAGACAAAAGGGAGGUGAUAAUAGUUUUACAAAUGUGCAGUUCUAUUCAAUUAAUUUUCAGUGCAAAACUUUGAUUAUACUCGUAUCAUUUCUUUGUUAAAGGAUUUUUUAUCAAUUUUUGCUUAAAAGACUUCCUUUGGCAAAUCAGACUCUGAAAAUAGCUCCAGUUACAUACUCAUGCCUUAAACCGUAGGUGAACAUAGAUUAAUUUAAAUGAUCAGAUGUUAAAGUGAAGAAUAUAUCCAUGAUCUGGUGUGAAGAGGUAUCUUUAUUAGUCCCCUACUGGUUGAAAACCAGUUUUGGGGACUAUAGGAAUGCUCUUUUCCGUCAUUCCGUCAUUCCGUCUUUCCGUCAUUCCGUCCGUCCGCAAUUUCGUGUCCGGUCCAUAACUCUGUCAUCCAUGAAGGGAUUUUAAUAUUACUUGGCACAAAUGUUCCCCAUGAUGAGACAACGUGUCUUGCGCAAAACCCAGACCCCUAGCUCAAAGGUCAAGGUCACAAUAGGAGGUCAAAGGUCAACAGGGCUUUUUUCCUGUCCGGUCCACAACUCUCCCAUCCUUGAAGGGAUUUUAGUAUUACUUGGCACAAAUGUUCCCCAUGAUGAGAUGAUGUGUCGUGCGCAAAUCCCGGACCCCUAGCUCAAACGUCAAGGUCACAAUUGGAGGUCAAAGGUCAACAGGGCUUUUUUCCUGUCCGGUCCAUAACUCUCCCAUCCAUGAAGAGAUUUUAAUAUUACUUGGCACAAAUGUUCCCCAUGAGGAGACGACGUGUCAUGCGCAAAACUUGGACCCCUAGCUUAAAGGUCAAGGUCACAAUUGGAGGUCAAAGGUCAACAAGGCUUUUUUCCUGUCCGGUCCAUAACUCUCCCAUCUAUGAAGGGAUUUUAAUAUUACUUGGCACAAAUGUACCUCAUAAUAAGACGAUGUGUCAUGCACAACUUUCAGACCCCUAGCUCAAAGGUCAAGGUCACACUUAGCAGUCAAAUUUUAACAUAGCAUGAACAGGGUCUGUUUCGUGUCCGGUCCAUAACUCUGACAUUCAUUAAGGGAUUUUAAUAUUACUUAGCACAAGUGUUCCCCAUGAUGAGACGACGUGUCAUGCGCAAAUCCCGGACCCCUAGCUCAAAGGUCAAGGUCACAAUUAGGGGUCAAAGGUCAACAGAGUUUUUUUCCUGUCCCGUCCAUAACUCUGCCAUCCAUGAAGGGAUUUUAAUAUUACUUGGCACAAAUGUUUCCCAUGAUGAGACGACGUGUCAUGCGCAACACCCAGUACCCUAGCUUAAAGGUCAAGGUCACACUUUGAGAUCAAAGGUCAAGAGGAUAUUUUUCCUGUCCGGUCUAUAACUAUGUCAUGCAAAGCAGGAUUUAGAUAUCAGUUGGCACAAAUAUUCCCCUGGAUGAGACAACAUGUCAUGCGCAAGAAACAGGUCCCUAGGUUUUAGGUCAAGGUCAUAUUUAGAGGUCAAAGGUCAAAUUCAAGAAUGACUUUGUACGGAACAUUUCUUCUUCAAUGGAGGGAUUCAAUCUGACUAAAGUACAUAUCCUAUUACGCUACGCAUAGGAUCUGAGAACGACCUAUUCAUUGCCUCGUUCUGACGACCCUUUUGCUAGCCAAUCAGAGCCUAACUUACAACAUCUUGCAAAUCUACCCGUAGCCUUGACUUUUGAUAUUUACAAUUCUUAUGUCAUAAUGUAUCAGAUAGCCGGUUAGCUCAGUCGGUAGGCCACUUGCUUUGUAAGCGAGGGGUCCUGUGUUCGAGCCCUGGAAUAACUGCACAUUUUUCUUACUCUUUGACAUUCGAACAUGUCGUCUGAUUGGAUAAAAUAAAAAUAGCAAUACUAGAAAUCCAAAAUAUACAGAAGACGAAUGUGAAUGGGUCGUUCUCAGAUCUUCGUUUAGAAGAUCAAGUACUUUAGUCAGAUUGUGGAGGGAUUUUGAUGUAACUUGGACCAAAUGUUCACCACCAUGAGGCAUCCUUGUUUUUAGAAUUACGUCCCUUUGUUGUUACUAUAAAUAGAUUUUAUUGUAACUUUUUUAUUACUGGCGGUAGAGAAAAAUCGAGACCACUUUUCUGUGGUACAGCAUGCAUGUUACAUCCAAUUUUUAGGUGUAUUUUGACCUAUCUCUACCUGGUAAAGAGUUUCUUGUGGACUUAUAUUAUUAUUAUUUUUUUUUUUUUUUUUUUUUUUUUUUAAAGAUUAAUUUCCCUUUGUUGUUACUAUAAAUAACUUACAUGAUAACAUUUUUAUAAUCAGCCAAAAAAAUUCAAUAUGAAAACAACUGUGGGUUUUUAUAUAUGCACAUUUUAAUCCAAGUGUGUUGUUAUAAUGUUAUAACAUAUUGUAUAUGUAGUACAAUAUUGUUUAUACAUCAUUGACAGAUAUCCAUUCAUUAUGUUAUACUGCAGUAGAAAAAAUUAGGUGCCUUCCAGUAGGGGACUUUGUAUUGCAUGGCAAUACUUCAUUCACUUGUUUUUUGUAGUUGUAGUUCCAUGAUGUGUACUAUUUUUCAUUGUAGUUGUUAUUGUAGCUACUGGUUCACAGUUGGCGUGAAAUUUAUUCAACAUGUUCAUUUCCACCAAGUUUGGCAUAUAAUUUCUGAAAAAUGAUAAAGUGAGUGAAAAUGAUAUUGGUAAAAGAGCAAGAAAAAUGUUCAUUUUCUUCAUUAUUUUGAAUAGUUUCCAAAGAUUACUCCAUUCUGCACAAUGAUUUGCUAAUUUGAAAGACCUUGCUAAAUUCAUAUUUUAAUAAGUCAGUACCAUUAUUCACUUUCACAUCACCCUCAUUUUGUUGAUAUCUGAGUGAAAAUAAUCACAUAAAAUGUGUGAUCUAGACACAUUAAAGUGCCAUUCAGUAUUUAAACAUUUACAUUAGUAUUUCUUCCAUAGUCCAAAAAUUUUGAAGAUGACUGGUUUGUGCUAAAUACCUACAUUUCAUUUGUUGUUAACUUUUGACAUAGGUAUUCCAUUUAUUGCCAAAUAAAUGUUAUUUUCAGAAUAAGACAGCUGUCGUCUUGAAAGUAAUCUUUCAGUAUGUUAUGUUUAAUUGUAAUAAAAAGGAAAAUCAGGCAAUUUUAUAAGAGAUCAACCUACUGUUUGGUUAUUUAUGAAGUACUGAAUAAACUUUCAUUCAACAGCAUUCAGGCAGGCCUACUUGUCAAAGGGGUAACAGUCGCUGACUUCAAAUAACUUGCCCCUCAACGGUAUGGGUUCAAAUUUCUCUUAGUUGAAAUAAUGCAUGGAGGGACACCUGGGGUCUUCCUCCCACCAUCAAAAGCUGGAAAGUCACCAUAUGACCAAUAUGUGUGUCAGUGUGUCAGUGCAAUGUUCAAUCCAACAAAAACAAAACAAAUCAAAAGCAUUCAGUUCAUUAUCUCCCCUUGUCUUGGCCAUACAUUUUGUUAUACACAAUGAUAUGUAACAUGAUAGGAAAUAAAUGUAUUAUUGUUGAAGGUUCUUCAGUACAUUUAAAUGAUACAUAUUGCAAGUUCUUACAGAAUACUUAUUACAUUAGUUUAUUUUUAUAUGGAAUAUUUAAUUUGUAUAUGUAGAUAUAUGUACAUAUUGGCAUAAAGAAAUAAAACAAUUUCCAGUA